CCACAGCCUCUCGGGAGACGUGGGUCCUCGAAGCCUCUUUAGUGCCGGAGUUUGGGCCGCAGGCAGCUCGGCGGCAGCAGGAAAGCAGAACCUCUGGAUGGACUCUUCCUGGGAAGCUUUGCUAAUUAGCAGCAGCUGGACAAUGUUCCUCAUUAACAUCUGUUUGUCAGCAUAGUCGUCACAUCAUUUCACUGUGGUAAGGUGGCAGGGACUCAGCUCCGAAUUUUAUAUAGAAAAAGCACCUGGAUCCCAGUCUUUCUUUCAAUGGCUUCAAGACAACCAGAAGUACCUGCUCUUGAGCCUAGUGGGCCUCUAGGCAAGAUGUCUCUGCCUAUCGGGAUGUGCCGCCGGGCAUUCAGCUAUGAUGAUGCCCUCGAGGACCCUACGCCCAUGACUCCUCCUCCAUCGGACAUGGGCAGCAUCCCCUGGAAGCCAGUGAUUCCAGAGCGCAAAUAUCAGCACCUCACCCAGGUGGAGGAAGGAGAUUCCCCUGCCAUGACCCUGUCAUCGGCCACUGACAUUAUGGACAAGGUCCCAGUGGUGAAGGCUAGAGCCACCCAUGUCAUCAUGAAUUCUCUGAUCACAAAACAGACCCAGGAAAGCAUUCAGCGUUUUGAGCAACAGGCAGGGCUGAGAGAUGCUGGCUACACACCCCACAAGGGCCUCACCACCGAGGAGACCAAGUACCUUCGAGUGGCAGAAGCACUCCACAAACUAAAGCUCCAGAGUGGAGAAAUAACAAAAGAAGAGAAGCAGCCUCCAUCAGCCCAGUCCACCCCGAGCAGCACCCCCCAUUCGUCCCCUAAGCAGAAGUCCAGAGGCUGGUUCACUUCUGGUUCUUCCACAGCCUUACCAGGCCCAAAUCCUAGCAACAUGGAUCCUGGAAGUGGGGAUAAGGACAGAAACUCGUCAGAUAAAUGGAGCUUCUUUGGACCAAAAUCCCUCCAGAAGUAUGAUUCAGGAGGUUUUGCCGCCCAGGCCUACGGAGGAGCCCAGAAGCCCUCUCCAAUGGAAGUGAUCAGUGCCCAGGCCACUCGAAUGGCUGAAGAUCCAGCAAACUUCAAGCCACCCAAAAUGGACAUUCCAGUGAUGGAAGGGAAGAAACAACUGCCACGGACCCAUAAGCUCAAACCCCGUGACUUGAAUGUGCUCACACCCACUGGCUUCUAGAGCUCUUUCUUUUCCAGGGACUCUGGAUAGAGGGUUUAUCUCAUCCCCCCUUUACCUUGGCUCUGACAUAGGAAAGGCAUAUUUGAAAAAACCUCUUAAACUGAGGGUAGAGCUGGAAACAUUUGGUUUUUGAGACACAUUAGUGUAAAGCUUGUCCUUCUGUGAAAGAAGCCAUUUUGUAGUGCUUUAAAGUUAGAUUAGAUCAUCUCAGCAGUGAUGUAUGGGGGACCUCAUGAUCUAUUUUUGUAUCAUUUACCCUAGACAAGAACUUUGAUCAUUGCUUAUUAGGUAAAUAAUGUUUGUGCUCUUCCAAAACCCAAGUUUCUUGAUUCUUUUGCCAUUGUCAGCAUGAACAGUGACAAAUCAUGGCAUAGAGGUGCUCACUGAGUAGUCUAGACAACUUUGGCCCUCUUGACUGCUGGUGCUGUGCUCCAGCCUUAUCAGGGGGACCUAAGAUCUGUUCGAGAUUUGGAUACAGUUAAAAGCCAGACUUGGCAGGGACCCCCCUUUCUAGGCUGAAACUGGAAUCACCUUGCUUUUUGGUGGAACUGAUGGGUCUCUUUGUUCUCCAGCCUGUUCUUUUUGUGGUGGCUCUUGGGCUGGUGCUGUUGGAGGGAGCUUUCUCUUUUAUCUGUCACAGAACAAACACUAGUGUUGCAUGUCCUUCUUUGUACUUUAAAGUGAGAUUAAUUUAACUUCAAUUUGGUUGCAAACUUCCUAAGGGAGAAAAUUUAGUCUACUGAUUUGGUAAAGUAUGGAGGAUGGUAACUACAGUUAGAUUAUAGUCUUGAGGUUCACGUGAAAGUAGUGUCACCUUAUUUUGAUUUCCUUGUUCAGGUCAGGGCUUGAAAUUUUGGGGUAAGGUGGAAGAAUUCAAAAUUUUUCUAUACAAAAGCAUUUUUUACCAAAAUGAGCCUCACACCUAUUUAUGCAACACAUACUUUACUGAGGAAAGGAAAUUAGGGAGACUGCCUUUUUAUUUCUCCCCACUGUGUACAUGGUCAUUGUCUUGAACAUGUCUCAAAUACCUGCUGUUUUUUGGUUUAGAUAGUAUCUUGUCUGUAUAAGGAGCUGACAUUUCUGUAGAGAGGCCUUGGAACCUAAAAUUAUCAGAACAAUUAAUUUAUUUGUGUCUUCUGUUACGAUCUCUUGUUUUGACAAUAAAA